AUGGCAGUUGAAUUUGGGGACCAUGCCAGUGGUUUCCACCAUACUGAAGUCAUCAGAUUCAUUAACAACGAAAUCACUAUGAAUGGAGGCGGCUCUGAAUUCUAUGUGAACUAUCGCUCUCGACCCUGGAAUGAGAUAGAAGAUCAGCUUCAAGUCAUCCUCGUAGACCCCAAAGUGCCACACUCCCUCAAGAGAGCUUGUACCUGGAGUGCAUUGGCCUUGAGUGUGCGAGUGGCAGCAAGGCAGCGUGAACAGCAGGCAUGUAAGGUUGGGCGACUGCAAGAUCAGCUGGGAGAAUAUGAGACAGUUUCUUGCACUCUAGCCUCUGAACUACAGCAGUUGCAUAACGAGAGAGACCAGGCAGCAGCUCAGUUGCAGAUAACACAGACUGCCCUACAAGAGGCAGUGGAUGAGUGUGAAGUGCUUCGUGGGAGGCUGCUCCAGGCAGAGAGGUCAGCAAUGUAUAAUACAUUGCCAUGGGGCAUUGCAUGUGAACCUGGAGUCGAAGAGUAUUGGACAGCACCAUGGUCACUGAAUGAACAGGAGCAAGCAAACGUGGCGUCCUGGAGGGGCCAGAACAUUCCCCUUUUGGAGGCCCACGUGCCAUUCCCAAUAAGUUUGCUUUGUGUCCCAGAAUCUCCAGUUCCUUGGGUCCAGGCAGUGUAUCCACUGUCAGUCAAUCUGCCGUUCUUUAUAGGAGUCCCGCAUUCAAUAUUUGUACCAUGCCCAUUAGUAAUAGAAUCAGGGGCAACAGCAGCAACUGUGAACACAGCUGUAUCCCAGAUUGUUACUGCGGGAAUCUACUCAACUGAUUUGUGGGCCCAGGAAGAAAUGGCUCCCAUGUGGGAACAAAUCAGUCAAAGGCAGAAUGAAUGCCACGAGAUCUUCCAGGGAAGAUUUUACAUGGAAGACAGCAGACUCCACUGUCAAGAAGAUACAGAGAAGCCCCAGGACACAACUCCUUCUGGAGACAACAGUAACCACAACCACACAGAAAAUCAGAUCAUACCACAGGGGAUGGCUCCCACUUCGAAGAAAGAACCAGCGAAAGAAACAGCUGUCCUAGAAUUGAACAUUAGCCAUAGCAUAAAGGAAGAUUCAUUAAUGCCACCAGAGACUGCUGCCCAGGGGAACACUCCCAGGAACAGCCAGAAGAAAUAUCCAGGGAUUCUCAUGCACUCGGUUCACCUGGGAGAUGACACCAGCAACAACACAAAGGAAGAUUCUGUGACAUGCCAGCAGACAGCUGCCCAGGGGAACACUCCCAGGAACAGCCAGAAGAAAUAUCCAGGGAUUCCCUGGAGAAUAUCUCUCCAAGGAAAUAGUAUCAACUAUAACCAGAAAGAAGAUCCAAACAUGCCCCAGGAGAGAGGUGUCCUGGGAGAUAGCAACAGACAUUAUCUGAAAGAGGAGGCAGUAAUAUUCCAGCAGAAGACACCCCUGGGGAAUGGUGGGAACCAUAACCAGAGGAAAGCUCAAGAGAUGCCCCAGGGCAUGACUGCUUUGAGGGCUGGGAGGAGCCAGAGCCAGAAGGAAGUGCCAAAUAGACAUCAAACAAGCCCCCUGGGAAAAACUAAGAGACCUUAUGUCAGUAAAUACCCAAAGAAACAGCUGUCUCCCAAGCAGAAGACCAAACAAAUGUCAAGGUCAAAGGUUGCAGAACCCAAGCCUCAGAAGAAGCCUGACUUAAAUCUUACUCCAAUGAAUUGGGUAUGCCCAUUAUGUAAAGAUCUGAAUCGCCCACAGAGCAAAGCAUGCUAUAAAUGUGGGAAAGUCUGUGCUCUAAAUGAAAGUCAAGAUACUGAUCCAAGACAAAUCCACUGA